GCAGCAGAGCAGAUCCAAUGGCUCCCUUUCAGAGCUUCUGCAUUAUUGUCCAGCUGGUCCUUCUGUGCACUGCUCAGAACAUUUUAAAUUUGCAUCCUGUGAAUCCUGUGGUGUCUCUUGGAGGAUCAAUUAAUCUGAACUGCUCAAUUAAUUGCCAGGGAGGCUCCACCAGCUGGAAGGGGCUUGACACAAACUUGGGUCAUCUGCAUUAUGGUUUAGGUUACAGUAUACUGGCCAUCCAAAAUGCCACAAUCUCCAUGGAGGGCAUCAGGGUCUGUGUGGGAAGCUGCCCAGGAGUCCGUCAAAACUUCUAUGGGACUGUCAGACUGGAAAUGUAUGCUCUGCCUGAAUAUCUACACUUGACCUCCCAUAUUAAGGAACAUUCUAACACCCUGAAUUGCUCCAUUUAUGGUGUUUACCCUGCAUCCACUGUUCUGCUGAGUUGGUUCCGUGGAUCCAAGAAAUUGGAAAUCUCUGGAGAAGAGAUGCUUGUGGAAGAGGGUAACGAGCUGAUAAACCUGACCAGCAGUAUAGAGGAAAAGUGGUUGCCAGGGACAAUUUACAGGUGUAAAGCAGAGCUGAGUGUUGGUGACCAUGUAUUCAGCCGGGAAGGGACCAUACAAGUACCAAACAAAGCUGAAAACACUACCACUGGUACAAAUCCCCAAGUCGUUGUUACCACCAGCAGUAUUCCAACAAGCCUUAACACUGAACCAGCCUUGGACAGUAGGACUACACAGGUGAUAUCAGAAAGAUCUUCAAACACCUUUCCAAAUCAAAAAGCGAUGGAUUCUCUGACAUGGUCAUGGAAAACACAUGGGUCCAUAAGCCACAGCCCAACACCUACUAUGGAGGAACCCCCUAACCCAGCAAUAUCCAUAGCUGAAAACACCACCACUGGUACAAAUCCCCAAGUUGUAGGAACCACCAGCAGUAUUCCAACAAGCCUUAACACUGAACGAGCCUUGGACAGCAGGACUACACAGGUGAUAGCGGAAAGAUCUUUAAAAACCUUUCCGAAUCAAAAAGAGAUGGAUUCUCUGACACAGUCAUGGAAAACACAUGGAUCCAUAAGCCACAGCCCAACACCUACUAUGGAGGAACCCCCCAACCCAGCAACAUCCAUAGGCGGCUUAAAACUUUUGUGGAUUAGUUUACCAACCGUGGGCAUAAUGGGCAGCCUCUUGCUGAUUCUUCAACUCUGGAGACGCAUCAGUCGUGGGGGAUCCUUCAAAACAACUGUAAAGGAAAACACAGCAUAUGCGGAGAGUCAAUGUGUGUUUCGGAAAGUCUGAGGGCAAAUAUUGUUCCUGAAAUGUUCAAAGGCAGUGAGAUGGUUAGAUGAUUCUGAGUUGAGCACUUACCCUUCUGGGAGCAUUUAAUCCAUUCCAAGAGCAUUUAAGACCAUACCCAAGAGGUCUUCUUUGAGUAGAGAAAGUUUAAUUUAGAUCUCAAUGUUUUGGGAAGUUCAGACUGACUGAAAAAAAGGACAAAGGACAUUAUUAUUAUUAUUAUAGCCACACAUGGCAAAUCACCAUACUUAGAAACUGGUCCAUAUCAUCACAAGCUCAACAACUGGUACUAGGUGUUACUCAAAAAAAAUAAUAAUAAUAAUCUUUGGCUUUUAUUGGAUUAACCCUUUACUGACAACGGGACAAUGCCCAUUAAUGGCAUUGCAUUGUGAGCCCAUACAUGUACGAACUUUGUCGUGAAGGGGUUAAGGACCAGGCUGUUUUUUUUUUGUACCCUUUGUGACCAAGACUGUUUUAAAAUUGUUGAGGUGCUUGUCUUUAGCUGUAAUUGUCUUCUCUCUCAUUUAGUGUAUAUAUAUUGUUUUCUUCAGGACAAUAGAUAUUUGAUCAUAAUAUCUAAU